AAAAAAUAUAUUGUCAAUUCAUGUCUCAUAUUUAACAUAAACUUCAUUUCUAAUUUGGAAAAUUGUUUGUGUAAGUUUUAUAUAAAAUUCAAAUUUUAGGACGUAAGAGAAUCAAGUCACGCGAUAGCUUGAUUGAAACGCCUAGGAACUUCCGUUCUCGCUUGUCAGCUGAUCAAUCCUAUUCCUGUCUGCUUGACUGUAAUCGAAAAUAUGUCUGGAAAAGAUAAACUUCCAAUUUUCCCCUCUCGGGGUGCACAGAUGUUAAUGAAAUCACGUCUACAAGGAGCAACAAAAGGUCAUGGGUUACUCAAGAAAAAGGCUGACGCGUUGCAGAUGCGUUUUAGAAUGAUUCUAGGAAAAAUUAUAGAGACAAAAACUCUUAUGGGAGAAGUAAUGAAAGAAGCUGCCUUUUCUUUAGCCGAAGCAAAAUUUGCUACUGGUGACUUUAAUCAAGUUGUUCUACAAAAUGUCACCAAGGCACAAAUUAAGAUUCGUUCAAAAAAGGACAAUGUCGCUGGUGUUAAUCUUCCAGUAUUUGAAUCGUAUCAAGACGGUAGCGAUACUUAUGAGUUAGCUGGAUUGGCUAGAGGUGGACAGCAAUUAACGAAACUAAAGAAAAACUAUCAGAAAGCAGUUAAAUUAUUAGUAGAAUUGGCAUCUUUACAAACAAGUUUUGUAACCCUAGAUGAAGUCAUUAAAAUUACAAAUCGUCGUGUAAAUGCCAUUGAACAUGUUAUCAUUCCAAGAAUCGAAAGAACUCUCGCAUAUAUUAUAUCUGAAUUAGAUGAACUCGAAAGAGAAGAAUUCUAUCGUUUAAAGAAGAUUCAAGAUAAGAAGAAAAUAGCAAAAACGAAGUCCGAGGCAGCUAGAGCAGUAAUGAUUGCUGCUGGUAAAGAAUCAGAAGCGGCGAAUAUGUUGGACGAAGGAGACGAGGAUUUACUCUUUUAAACUAUGUACAGAGUACGUUCGUGCAUAUUUUAUUAUUAAGAAUAAACCACGAAAAUAAGUAGAAAUAUUUGAAAAAGCAAAUCUUCGAAAUGUCACGAAGUGCGAUUUCAUAGUUCGUUCUUGGUCAAUAAGUUGCAACUCUAAAGAGACACAAUUUCAUUUGAUGUAAUCUUUGAGAAAGAUAAACAUUAACAAUACCAUCUCCUUGUUCAUAGACCCAUGCUAAUAUUUUAAAAAUAUAUUUAUAGAGUAAAUCCGUAUUAUGACCGAUAUAAAUGUUAUUAAUAUUUUUUGAUUAUACUCUUAAAGAAUUACUUGUACAGAAUCUACUAUUGUAUAAUUUCAAAUUAUUUUAGCAAGAUCUAGUAUUGUAUAUCUAUCGCUAUGCCAGCUUCUACUAGUAUCUGUAUUUUUUUAAAGUAUUCCAAAUACUGUUGUUGUUAAUAAAGUUGAUAAGGUAUAAAAAUAAAUGUAGUUUGUGCAUAAUUUCACGGCGAGAAGAACAAUCAGAUUUGAUAAUUUCUCGUCAAAUACUCGAUAAUAUUUUAUCAUCAAUAAAAAAUAUACAUGUCAAUAUUA